AUGGCGAUGGUCACCAUUGACAACGCCGCCGCCACCAUAGCCGCCGCAGAGAAGCCGCAGGACGCCGAGAAGCCGGACUACGCCCCCUAUAACGGCACUUCCAGCGCCGCAGAUGGCGGCACGGGCGCCGGCGUCCGCGGCGGCGGCGGUGGCGGCCGCGUCGUGGACUCGGUGGUGGCGCGGUGGCGGCGGGAGGACAUGCUCGACAAGAGCCCCCUCGCGCUGCAUGGCGCGGCCGCCGUCUUCGCCUUAGUCGCUCUCGUUUAUAGAUGUCCAAACAGUGCGGGCCGCCCGUUUGGUCCGUGGCACGGCACGAAUUUAGCCCGGCACGUGGGUCAGCCCGACCCGGCCCGAAGCAUCAACGGGCCGUGCCUGGCCCGACCCUAUUCGUACCGGGCCGAAACGGGUUCGGGCCGGGUGGCCCGUUUGGACAUCUAUACUCUCGUUCUCGUCGCGUCCAACCAGCACGGCGGCUGGAUGCAGUUCGACCGCUACGAGGAGUACAGGUACCUGCUUGCAAUCGUGUCGCUGGGGUUACUCUACUCGCUGGCGCAGGCGGUGCGGCGCGCGUACCGGAUGCGCGGCGGCGCCGACCCCGUCUCCUCAGCAUCUGGGAGGCUUCUCGAUUUCGUCGGUGACCAGGUAGUUGCAUACUUGCUGAUGUCCGCGCUGUCGGCUGCCGUCCCCAUCACUAACCGCAUGAGAUCUGCAGUUGUCAAUAACUUUACAGACGCAACCGCUGCAGCAAUCAGCAUGGCCUUCUUUGCAUUUGUAGCUCUUGCCUUGUCAGCAGUGGUUUCUGGUUACAAGCUCUCCAAACAAACAUACAUGUGAAUCAUCGUUCUAGAAGUAAAACCCAUUAGGUGGAAUAUUCAUUAUGGAUUGCAAUCCAAAGAAGAGAAGCCUCUGAUGCCUCUCUUCAACUUGGAUGUCAUCUGUUAUGUGCUAAGGUGAUUGUUGUUGCUUGCAGUAGGUUCCAUGUGUGUACAUAGAAUUAUGCGUGGCAUUCCUGAAUAUGAUUGUUUUCCUUUCUUAAGUAUUGUUGUCAUGAUGAGAACAUUUAACUUCUAUGAACAUAAGCAGAAGUUGAGUUGUAUGCUUA